GCUCUCCCUCUGCCCCGUUUGCUUGCUUCCCAAAGCUAGAGCUUUGAGCCUAGAGCUCGUCCAAGAAGAAGAAGAGGAAAAAAAAGCUAGUACCUUUUCUUCCUUCCCGUCGGUUCUUAGUGCCGUCUAGCUGCUGUCUGAGAUCCCUGCGGCGUGGGCGGCCGCCUAGACGUUGCUCUUCUCCGACGCCGGCGCGGCGGGCGGCGGGGAGGGAGGAUUCGACAGGUGUUGGCGGGAUCUCGGUGGGAAUGCCCGCCGCGCGGCGCUCCGGUGGACGGACGGAGGUCAACAUGAUGGGAGCUCUUUCGGGAAGGAGGCGGCUGCAGGCAGCAACCAUGGUGGCUUUGUGUUUCUGGUCAUCCAUUUGCGUUUGCAGAGCGCAAUUCAAGCCUGCGGACAGCUACCUGGUGGACUGUGGAUCCUCCAAGAGCACCACUCUCGGGUUGAGGACCUUUGCUGCUGAUGGGGCUGCCCCGGUGAAGGUGGACACACCCCUGGAAAUCCUUGCCGGCACGUCGGCGAAUGGGGUUGCCUCAUUCGACAACUCGGCGCUUUACCAGACCGCCCGCAUCUUCACGAGCCCAUCAUCAUACACUUUCCCUAUCCAGAAGCAGGGCCGGCAUUUUGUUCGUCUCUACUUCUUCCCCUUUGUCUACCAGAGCUAUGAUCUUUCCACGGCCAAGUUCACUGUGUCAACCCAAGAUGUGCUCUUGCUUAGUGACUUCCAGCAGCCUGACAAGACUGCACCAUUGUUCAAGGAAUACUCUUUGAACAUUACCCAAGACAAGCUCAUCAUUUCCUUCAAGCCAUCGAAUGGAUUGGCAUUCAUCAAUGCGAUUGAAGUGGUUUCUGUCCCAGAUAAUCUCAUAGUUGAUAGUGCGCCGAUGGUCAACCCUAUGCAGCAGUACAGUGGUUUGUCUACGCAACCAUUGGAAACGGUGUACCGUGUCAACAUGGGUGGACCGAAGGUCACUGCGGACAAUGAUACCCUCUCGAGGACCUGGGUGAGUGAUAAAAAGUACUUAUUGAACCCAUCUGUGACAAGAGAGGUUAAUGGGGGGAAAAUCAAUUAUAUGGGAGGUGGAGCAACAAAGCUGACUGCUCCUGAUAUUGUUUAUAGUACAGCUACAGAAUUGGCAGCUUCAAAUACAACCAACGCACUUUUCAAUAUGACAUGGCAGUUUGAUGUGGAUUCAGGUUUCAGCUAUUUGAUAAGAUUUCACUUCUGUGAUAUAGUCAGCAAGGCACUUAACCAACUCUACUUUAAUGCAUAUGUUGGGGGCUUCUAUGCACAGCAUGAUAUUGAUCUCUCAAUGCAAUCGAUGAAUCAAUUGGCUACAGCUAUCUAUUUGGAUGUGGUUCUUUCAUCUAAUGAUGCAACUAACAAGCUAAGCAUCAGCAUUGGUCCAUCCACUUUGAACAAUGCGUUACCUGAUGGGAUUCUGAAUGGUCUUGAGGUCAUGAAGAUGAGCACUGGCUCAGGUUCUGCUUUUACUGUUGGAUCAUCUGGUUCAAACAAGAAUUUAGGUGUGAUUAUUGGGUCAGUCCUUGCAGGUGUUGGUAUUCUCAUAAUUGUCCUUGUUAUAGUACUGUUUUGCCGGAGGAAAAAGACUCUGGAGAAGCAGCACUCAAAGACUUGGAUGCCUUUCUCUAUCAAUGGACUCACUUCUCUUAGUACAGGAAGUAGAACUUCUUAUGGUACUACUCUCACAUCAGGUCUGAAUGGAAGCUAUGGAUACCGAUUUGCCUUCAGUGUGCUCCAAGAAGCAACAAACAAUUUUGAUGAGAACUGGGUCAUUGGAGUUGGAGGCUUUGGGAAGGUCUACAAAGGUGUGCUGAGGGAUGAUACCAAGGUUGCGGUGAAGCGAGGGAACCCGAAGUCUCAGCAAGGUCUGAACGAGUUCCGCACGGAAAUUGAGCUCCUUUCACGGCUACGCCACCGCCAUCUGGUGUCCCUGAUUGGGUAUUGUGAUGAAAGGAAUGAGAUGAUCUUGGUCUAUGAAUAUAUGGAAAAAGGGACUCUGAAAAGCCACCUGUAUGGUUCAGAUAACCCUUCACUCAACUGGAAGCAACGGUUGGAGAUUUGCAUUGGAGCAGCAAGAGGACUCCAUUACCUUCAUACUGGUUCUGCAAAGGCCAUUAUCCACCGUGAUGUCAAAUCUGCAAACAUCUUGCUCGAUGAGAAUCUCCUGGCAAAGGUUGCUGACUUUGGGCUAUCAAAGACCGGGCCUGAGUUGGACCAAACUCAUGUCAGCACUGCAGUGAAGGGUAGCUUUGGGUAUCUUGAUCCUGAAUAUUUCCGAAGGCAGCAGCUGACUGAGAAGUCCGAUGUCUACUCCUUCGGUGUUGUUUUGCUCGAGGUGCUUUGCGCAAGGCCAGUGAUUGACCCUACACUUCCAAGGGAGAUGGUGAAUUUGGCUGAGUGGGGAAUGAAAUGGCAGAAGAGAGGAGAGCUGCAUCAGAUUGUUGAUCAGCGAGUUUCUGGUUCAAUCAGGCCAGAUUCUCUAAGGAAGUUUGGUGAAACAGUGGAGAAGUGCCUGGCGGACUAUGGUGUGGAGCGGCCAUCCAUGGGAGAUGUCCUGUGGAACUUGGAGUACGUUCUUCAGCUCCAAGAUGCAGAUUCAACAGUAUCAGAUGUAAACAGCAUGAACAGGAUUGUCGAACUCCCGUCGCAAGUUCAGAAUGUCGGCGCCCUCGAGAGCAUCAGUGUGACAAUGGCAGAAGCUGGAGCUUCCAAUGAGCCUGAUCAUGACCUCUCCGACGUUUCGAUGAGCAGGGUGUUCUCUCAGCUAAUCAAAGCUGAGGGAAGGUGAAGUCGACAUCGGGUAAUCUGUAGUGUAUUUGUAGAAGUGAGGAAGCCCUGAAAAGUCAUUUCUUGUUUACUUCAGAGAUCAUAUGUAAUUGUUCUUUUUUUUUUCUUUCUCAUGCUCCAUAUUCUACUAAACGAUGUUUUCAAAUUGCUAUGGCCUUAGCCAUGGUGAGCCAACACUUUUAGCCGAUAGAGCUUUUCUUGUUUGGAAUCU